AUGGCGAAUCAUGACAAUCCAUUUAAAGCUGUUUUCAAUGCCUAUUGUCGACUCCCACAUGACGAGCUCGUGCUUUUCCUCAAAGUUCGCAACCUCCCAACAUCGGGCGCGGACAUAGAGCUUGCAUCCAGAUUAGCCCAGCACGAUUUCCACACCUAUCAUUUUCCAACGAUAUCUAGUGAUGCGCCAACGUCUCUCAUGGACAAAGGGAAAGAUACGAAGACCACAGAACGUCCUGUAGAUCUACCCGUCGAAGUUCUGGCUGAGAUCUUUGAUCAUCUUGGUGAUUGGGAGCUCUCUCGGGCAUUGGGCAUUCCUACUUCCUUGUCUCCUCCUAGCGAUUGGAGCAACCCUGCACCCAUCGACCUCUCUAUGCUCACGGGUUGCGUCCCUCUCAUCCGUGCAGCAGACCCUGCAGCUAAUCCCCCUUCAAGCCACGGCGCCAUUGCGUCCGUGCGAUUUGGUUACGUCAAUGUGCUGGAAUUUUUCGUUACACAAUACCGCCCCGUAUUCUUGUCUAUCUUCAAAGAUGAUUUGAUCCCUUUUCACGCAUCAAAGCACGGUCGCAUAGACGUGCUGUGGUGGUGGAAACAUGGCUUCGAGCAACAUCCAGAUUUAGUAAAUCCUCCCAAACCUGGGUCUAUUGCUCGUGCCAUCGACAGAGCCUCUCGUAGUGGCCAAGUAGAGUCUCUGGACUGGUGGGUGACUUCUGGGCUCCCGCUGGACUACACAGAAGCUGCUCUUGAAGGCGCUAGCGCGAAAAAUCGCAUUGAUGUCCUGGAGUGGUGGAAGUACCAGCAUCUCGCCAAUAAUUUGCCCUUGAAGGUCGGGCGUGUCAUGGAGUUAGCAAGUCAAGCGGGGCAUGUGGAUACCCUUAAGUGGUGGGCAACGUCGCAACUGGAAUAUACGUAUGACCGUCAUGUCAUGCACCAUGCCAGCUGCGUGGGGAAGGUGGAGGUUCUGCAAUGGUGGCUUGGAAGCGGGCUACAGUUUAUUUUUGACCAGGAUGUGCUGACCGGUGCAACACGGCAUAACCGAAGCGAGGUGCUGGAGUGGUGGGAUAAGAGUGGGUUACCGAUUCAAUAUCGUAUGUGCGACAUCGAAGAAGCGCUUGAGGAUGCGAUUGGCGGUGGGGACAAAGCAAGGAGGUGGUGGAAGAAUAAGGGUGUCGAUUUUAAUGCAAACGACAAGGAGUGGAUGAAGCUGCAAAAUUUAAACUAG